AUGACUGCGCUUCAGAAUGGCGCUGCGCCCAGCGCCCGGCUCCUGGCGCCCACGAUCGUGGAACCAGACGCACGACCAAACGACGUGGUGGACGCCGGGCUCAAGAGCCUAGACCACUACAAGCGCGCCCUGCCCCGAUGGCGGUACCGACUGCGCCAGCACUUGCUGCCCUUGAUUCGCUGGGAGACGCCGUACCUCGCAUAUUUCCAAUCCGCGAUGCGCUCGCCUGCACUCGACAACUACUUCGCCAUCACUGCCAACCUGGGCACACAUACAUUUUUCAUGAUCGGUCUCCCCAUGCUCUACUGGUUUGGCUAUCCGGCCAUUGGGAAAGCUCUGGUCCAUGUCCUUGCUACGGGCGUCUUCUUCAGUGGCUUCUUCAAGGACAUGUGCUCGCUUCCACGCCCACUCUCACCUCCUCUGCAGCGCAUCACCAUGUCGGACUCUGUCGUCCUCGAAUACGGCUUCCCGUCGACCCAUUCUACGAACGCCGUGUCGGUCGCCGUUUAUGCCAUCCUGGCCCUACAAGAUUCGGACUAUUCGCCAUCGACUAAGUUGAUGUCCGCCUUUUUAGGCUACUUCUACGCCGCCUCCAUCGUCAUCGGCCGCCUCUACUGUGGGAUGCACGGCUUUGUCGAUGUCAUCUUUGGCAGCUUUUUAGGUUCCUGUCUCGGCUACAUCGAGUACUACUGGGGUCCGGCCCUGGCCGAUUACAUGCAGCAGAGUUCCUGGAAGGCCCCGGCACUGGCCACUCUCUUUAUCAUCGCCCUUGUGCGUGUCCAUCCGGAACCGGCAGACGACUGUCCGUGCUUUGACGACUCUGUAGCUUUUGCAGGUGUCAUGAUCGGCCUUGAGGUUGGCACAUGGCGGUAUCCGCGCCUGCGCGAGUCCCUGGGCCUGGCGUCUGACAGUAUCCCGACUUUAAGCCCGAUUGUCGCCCUGGCACGUAUCAUCUUUGGUGUAUUGGUCGUCUUUGCCUGGCGCGAACUCAUGAAGCCCACGAUGCUCAAGACGCUCCCUCACCUUUUCCGUGUCCUCGAGGUGAUCGGCUUCAACCUGCCGCGACGCUUCUUCAUGAAGGCGAGCGAGUAUGGGAAAAUUCCCGAGGUCUUGCGACUGCAUACCGACAACGUCCUUCCGAGCGUCAGCGACAUCCCCAUAAUGGUUCGCAACCUUCAGAACGCCCGGCGUGGCCGCUCCGUCAGUAUUGGUCCGCAAAGCGCUGCCGACGCCUACGAGACGCUGGCGUACCGGGAACAGCGGCGGCGCGAGAGCAUAAGCAGUCAGACCAGUCUGAAGAGCCGAGGCAGCUUCCUCGACCUGCACGAACAAACGGCGCCAGCAGCGCCCGAGAACAUGGCCGUCAGCACUGGCAACAGCGCCAGCGACCGAGACGGAAAGGCAACAAUGCGAACGACGGGCGUUCGCAGGCCCUCGCUUGUCCACAGGCCCUCGCUGGUCCAGUUCGAGGAGAUGAUGGGCCAAGGAACCGUCGUGGAGUCGACGGCGUUCCCGAGCUUGAGCUUUGAAGAACCAGAGCUGUACGUCGGCCGACAAGACGAGUUGGGCGAGAAGGAGAUGUUUGAGAAGCUGGUGAAGCCACGUGUCCGCUACGACGUGGAGGUCGUCACCAAGCUGGUAGUAUACACCGGCAUCGGAUGGCUGGCCGUCGAGGCCAUUCCUAUGAUGUUUCAGUUUAUCGGCUUGGGUGCACCGUAUGCGUGA